AUGGGUGGGUGGGGUGUUACUGAGAAGACAGGUCGUUCGGAUUCUACAAAAUGCUUCCAAAAGAGGCGUGAUCGAUGCAACUCGGAUGUGACAUUUAGCAAGGAGAUGUAUAUUACCCACAGUUCUUUGCGGGCGACAGUUCUUUGAAGUUUAUGGACUACACGAAGACUAUUGAAAUCUUCAUGCUAGAGAUUUUACAGCUAAAGAUAGUACCAUGCAUUGUUAAUUUAUGGACAAACGUAUGUUAAGGAUGCUAAAAUUAUAACUUGUCUCAACAGACUAACAGCUGCCACCUAGCGGUAUUUUCUGCACACUUCAAAACUCGUGAUGUGUUUUGAAUGAACACAAUUUACUCAAGCACAAUCGAAAUGACGAGGAGUUUAGUUCUCCAAUGCAUUUGUCUUUGCUAUAUAAGAGUGCAACGCCCUUUUUAUUCGGCCCACAUCAGGCGCAAAACCAGCACUACAAUUUGAAACGCGGAUAUCGUUUGUCCCAUUGGAGUCGCCGUAGUUUGCAGUGCUACUCGUGUCGCUGCUCUUCCGUGCACAGUUCGCGACAACAAACUGAGCAAAACUAAGCCAACCGAAACGUCGACGCGGUUGGCCCAUCGCCACCUCGAUGGACCAAAACGCCGUUCGUUAAAUCUUCCAGUCCUGAUAAGUCUCGUCUCACAUUUAAGGUUCACGGCCGAGCGUAGCUUAGCUUAGCUUAGCUUUUUGAGCUGCUCACAAAGGGACGGGAAGCGGAGAGCAAAUGUGUGCCAAACGCGUGAAAGAAGAAAAGUGCGAGGAGAACGAGCGACGACGUCAACCGCUGGACGCUCUUUGUCAGCAGCCUCGCUUUGUUUUCAACCGGCCAGACGUCUAUGACGGAGAGCUUUGUCCUGAGCCUCCUGGCGUUAAAGAGGAAGACGAUCCAGAGGGCUCGUACAUAAAAGAGGAAGAGCAGGAGGUCGCCAUCACCAGGUUUCACUUGACUCGCGUUACUGUCAAGCGUGAAGACGGCGAUGGAGGAUCACAAGCAGACGGCCUCUUACCUCCUCUAUCAGAUAGCGACGACGUGACGUCACACUCUGACGACGACGAUGAUGAUGAUGAUGAUGAAGAACAGUCUCAUGAUGAUAUGACCCUGCACACUGACAGGAAGCGAGUGAAAUGCGCUCAUUGUGACAAAGUUUUUUACAAGUCCUCCUUGAAAAGACACAUGAGAACACACACUGGAGAGAAACCGUUUGCCUGUCCGGCGUGUGGUAAAAAAUUCUCGAGAAAGGGAGAUUUGGCAACACACCAAAGAACACACACCGGGGAGAAGCCUUUUGCGUGCUCCUUUUGUGGGAAAAGAUUUACUCAAGGAAACUCUCUGAUAGCACACGAGAGAACGCACACUGGUGGGAAACCUUUUGCGUGUUUGGCUUGUGGUAAAACAUUCAGUCAGAAGGGAAAUUUGAUUGCGCACACAAGAACACACACUGGAGAAAAACCUUUUGGCUGUUCAGUCUGCGGCCAGAGAUUCUCGAUAAAAGCAAAUUUAACAACGCACAUAAGGACGCACACUGGAGAAAAACCUUAUGCCUGCUCAGUGUGUGACCAAAGAUUCUCUAUCAAGAGAAAUUUGACAAGACACUCAAGAACACACACUGGAGAGAAAUGACUCAGUUGUAGCAAAUGAUGAAAUAUUGUAUGAAAAGGGUUUGCGUCACAGACGAGUGUGCUGGUGAGGAGCAGUGAGUUGCAGAAUAAACUGAAGAAACUGA